UUCCGUGGGCUCGCCGGUGGCUCCAGGCUGAGGGGGGACAAGGGGGAACCCCCCCUCCUUCUUCCUCCUCGUGGUGUGUGGCAUGAUGAGUUCCCCUGGCAGGGCCAGCACUGCCUUUCCCCUCCACGUCCUGGUCUGGAAUAAUGAUUACAGGAGGCUGGACGAGGAGCUGCAGGACAAGGAUGUGGAUCAGCGCGAUCCCCGAGGCCGGACCCUGCUGCACCUUGCUGUCUCCUUGGGGUAUCUGGAAUCUGCCAAGGUUCUGCUCCAGCACAAGGCAGAUGUGACAAAAGAGAAUGCCCAGGGAUGGACAGUGUUACACGAGGCUGUCAGUACAGGAGACCCAGAGAUGGUACAAAUGAUCCUGCAGCAUCGGGACUACCAGCAGGCCUCCAUGACCCUCGGGGGAGUUCCUGAACUGCUCCAAAAGAUUAAUGAGACUCCUGACUUUUAUGUGGAAAUGAAAUGGGAGUUCACCAGCUGGGUCCCCCUGGUUUCCAGGGUCUGUCCAAGCGACGUCUGCCGCAUCUGGAAAAGCGGUGCCAAGCUGCGUGUGGACAUCACCCUGCUGGGCUUUGAGAACAUGAGCUGGGAGAGAGGAAGGAGAAGCUUAAUUUUCAAGGGGGAAGACACUGGAGGCUGGGCAGAGCUGAUUGAGAUCAAUCACGAUGAGAAGUUUGUUACAACAGAACGUUUUGAGCUUUCCCAGCACAUGGAGCAUUUGACACUGGAGUCUAUGACACCCAAAAGGAAGGAUGUGGAGAGACGCCUCACCUCCCCAAUUAUUAACACGUGCCUUGACACCAAAAACAUUGCUUUUGAAAGGUCCACUUCUGGAUUCUGGGUAUGGAGGACAGAAAAAGCAGAAGGUGUAAAUGGUUAUGAAGCAAAGGUAUACAUGGCAAACAAUGUGAAUGUGGUCACAAGAAUCCGAACAGAACAUCUGACAGAAGAGGAGAAGAAAAGAUAUAAAGCUGACAGGAACCCCCUGGAAUCAUUUCUGGGUACAGUGGAACAUGAGUAUGGUGCUCAGAGUACAACCAAGACAACAGAGUAUGCAGCAAGCAACAAUCCUACUGCUAUUACUCUGGAGGAAUACUUUGACCCAGAAUUUGAUUUGAAAGGUAGAGACAUAGGAAGACCAAAAGAAGUCACCAUUCGAACACAGAAAUUUAAAGCCAGCCUGUGGAUGAGUGAAGAGUUCCCCUUGUCUCUGAUGGAACAAGUGACUCCAAUCAUUGAUCUGAUGGCCAGAACCAGUGCACACUUUGCCAGGCUUAGGGAUUUCAUCACUCUGGAAUUUCCACCAGGAUUUCCUGUCAAAAUUGAAAUCCCUUUGUUUCACGUGCUGAAUGCCCGAAUUACAUUUGAAAAUGUCAAUGGCUGCAGGACAGCUGACAAAACAUCACCACAGAUGGCUGGAGGGGCACAGGAUGAUUCAGGUGCUAAUUUUGAGGUUGAUCAGUCAGUGUUUGAAAUCCCCAAGUCUUACCACGUCCAGGAUGAUGGCAGAAACAUCCACGUGCAGGAUGAAGAUAAUGAGAUCAUGCAGUUUGCUAUUCAGCAGAGUUUGCUGGAAUCUGGUGGAAAUAAAGAUAUGGGGGUGCAUUCCAAUGGAGCAGUUGCAUAUUCCCAGGACUUCAAUAUACAGUAUCAGAGGGCACUGCAGGAGAGCUUUCUAACAAGCUCAGGUAGCUCACCCUGCAUCACCCUUAGAGAACCUUCCAGUUUUGAGAAGGAUUUGCAGCUGGCCAUGGAGCUGUCUGUCCGGGAGCAGGAGGAGCGGGAGAAGCAGCGGCGGGCAGAGGAAGAUGCAGAGCUUCAGCAGGUUCUGCAGCUUUCCCUGGUGGAAAAAUAACUCCUCAGCCACCUCCUGAAAUAAGGAUGACCCAAUCUGCAUCAAACUGAAGGCUUUCAGAGCUGUCAGUCUCAAGACCACUCCUGGAUUGCUUAGGUAAACAUUUCACCUGCCUUCUAAGUUGGCACCACAAGCUCCAGAAAGCUGAUUUAUUUUUGUUUGAGGGGGUUUCAGAUCAUGGGACUCUGCAUUUGGCUCCCCAGCCACACAGUCUUAGCUUGGAAGGGUUAGUUUUUACCUAAGUGUAUUUAUUGAAGAGCAGAUAGAAGUUUUGCUUUGCAUCAGGAUAUGGGAUUGCAGGAAAGCUUGGAAACCUGAUUUAUGGGGAGGGGAGCUGCAUUACUUACCAAAGAAAUACUCAUCUGCUUCAUCAUUUCUGAAUAAUUCCAAGCCAUUGUCUGUUUCUUCCAGAUGUUAGAUGGAAGAGUAUCUGUAUGCACAUAGCCCAUUCACAGACUAGUUCUUCAUGCUGACAGGUGCUUUCUGUUAGUUUUGCUUAUAUGUUAUUAUCUCUUUUCUCUAGUUACUGAGAUUUUAUCACAUGCUCCUGCUUAAGAGGGAUAAUUUUAUACUUGAACAGCUAAUCCAAGCUCAAGAUUAAACCUAAUGCUUUCUGAAAAAGGACAAAACAAGUAGCCAGUAAAAUUUUAGCUCCUAAAAUGGGACCAUCUGUCCAGUACAAUAGCAGUUUCUGCAGUGAUUCCAAACCAGCUAGUUCCCAGAGUCUGAGGGCAGCAAGAAAUCCAGUGGCAGAUACAGGUGCUUCUUGAGAUCACUUGGUGUGUGUGCAUGAGUGUGUUCCUGUUGUGUGGGUGCUAAGUUAAAACAGGAAACAAGAUUCAGGUGGGAUUUUGUUGUAUACAUAUUGGAAGAUAAGUUUUAAUUCUGUUAUCUGAAAGGGAAACGUGUGUUGCUUUUUAAAGUUCAAGUGCUCAUCCUUCAUGUGAAUACAUAUAUUUUUUUAUUCUGAAUAUUUUUAUUGAUUUUAAAACAAGCCAGUAGGACUACACUCAUUUAGAAAAACGGUAUGGUAGGAAUUCACAAGUAGGUUUUAACCAGCUUUCCUCAGGUCUUUUCAUCAUACAGUAUAUUUGUAGCUGUUUUACCUGCACUUCUGUCAGCAUUUACAGUAUUUACACUGUGACUCUCAAGUGCACUCCACAAGUACACAAUGUACAUCCACAGGAAAGCCUUACAGUAGCUAAAUGUGAGCAAUAUUCCUUGUUCUGGCUGGCAGAAGUGUGCAGAACCAAUGGUACACACAGUCUGAUCUUGCUGACUUAAUCCUGCACUUGUUCCUUGGGCAAAACAGGGUGGUUCUGUGUGACCAGCUAUUAACCAGGAUGAAAUCCCUAUAAAAUGGACUUGGUCAUAACCAGUGAAAUGGUUGGUAACUUGGAACCCUAUUUUAAACCAAUAAUCCAUUGUUUUACAUAGCAAAUGAUUAAAAUUCCUUCAGUGUACACUAAAACUGGUCUGGCCUCACCCUUGUUGUUAAAUGAUGGAGUUUGCAGUCCUGAGGUGGUGUUGGCAGGGAUGUCCUGCAGGGGGGCAGGGGCAUCUGUUGGGAUUGCAUCUUCCUUUGAAAAGGGGAUUACUGUGACUUUCACAGCUGCAAAACAGGGACUAAGCCCAGCACUG